AUGGUGACGCAAAGCGACCGACCUUUCCGUCGCCUGGUCAGGGCACACGGGUGUACGCUUUGCUACACCGAGAUGCUGAUGGCAGAUCGCUUUGCGCAAUGUGAGGACUUCAGACUUCAACUGAAUUGCAAUUUGCUUGACGCUUGUAGCCAAGACUAUGCACUUCGUUUGCAAGCUGCGGGGUGCGCUCUCCUGGCGGUGCAUGGCCGGCGCCUGGAGAGUGCGAAAGAACGACGUGGUGGCGCAGCAGCGCAUUGCCUGCAGCUCGAUGCAGAAGAGUGCUUUUCUGUUUGGGAUCUGCGAAAUGUGGACGUUUUGCGGAACCAUUUGAGGUCGAUGCUUACUGGCGCUGUUGGAAGUGAAGAGGCUGAGGAGGGCACACAGCGCUUGCUGACGGAUCUCCGUGAUCGUGCACGUGGAAGGUACAUCCUAGAAUGGUGGCGCCUUCAGCAGGCAGGAAGCUGGAGUUGUGAAGCUAGGGGAAGUACAACACGUUAA